AACCCGACUCUCGAGGUUUCUAAGACCGCAUCCAUCAGCACACAAAAAUGUCUGUCUCUGAGACUGCUGAUCUGUCGAGCAAAUACGUCCUCCAAACCGCUGGCUUUGACGCUCGCUUUCCGAACACCAACCAGACGCGUCACUGCUUCCAGAAUUACACGGACUACUUCAAGUGCGUCGCCGCCAAGGGCGAAGACUUCGCACCAUGCAAACAAUUUAAGCGUGCCUACAACUCAUUGUGUCCUAAUGAAUGGAUAGCGAAGUGGGACGAACAGAGGGAGAACGGAACAUUCCCUGCGUCACUCGAGCCUUGAUAGUAUACGCUCCUGCACCUUUUUAUUCAAUCAUAGACUCGGCUGCAGAGCUCUGCUUUCUUGAGUGGAUUUUUACACGCUGCUUCUACCCAGGCUUGGCUUUGGAAUAAUUUUCACCGCGGACGGUUUGCGAUUGAGACAGUCAGCUGUAAGGCCUUCUUGGUAAAUGUCAUUGAAGUUCUGAGCCUGACUGUGACGCGUAAAUAACAAGUUCUUGAUCCGA